CAUAAAUAGUCGCGGAAAUAAUCGACACCCGGCAAGUGAAAGUUGUCACCCCUUGCCAUAAAUAAUCUAUCUAUCCGGAGGAGCGCGGAGUUAAUCCACCAAUGUCACGAGAAAGUUCAUCAAAGCACUGAUUGUGCGCGCUUCCGUAAUCCGACGACGUGUCCACAGAUUGCGAUAUGAAACAUUGUAUAGUAGCUUUCGUGUGACACAAUUUUACCGCACUUUAUCUAUCGCAGCAGAUAAGCGUCUUAAAUCGGAUUCAUUAGCCACAGGGAAUAGUUUUUCCAGCAUUUGCCAGUGAACUUUGACACAGAUCAGUUCGGGAUCGUUUGUGACAAAAUGGGUGGUUGUACCGAAUGGUGCCUAUUGAGCCGGAAGAACAAGAUGCAGACCAAUUCUCUGCUGGGCGGAAUUGCUACGCUAGCACUGGGUGGAGUGUUUGUCGGAUCCAGCAUUUUCAACAUUCACCUUCGGCUUCAGGGCUGGACGGAUGAUCAGAGAGAUGGAACCAUACUAUUCGUAGUGGUUCUGUUCUACAUUGGAGCAGUUAUUGGAUCUUUCGUCGGUGCAUUCCUCGUGGAUCGAAUGGAGAAGCUGGCGUUGUCGCGAUUCUACUUCGUUGGAAUGGGCCUUGCUUGCAUUUUGCAAGCCAUAGCACCUAAAAGCAUCAUAGUAAUCGGAUUUGCUCGCAUCCUAGCAGGCGCUGCCUACGGAAUGGCCUACUUGAUCGUGCUGGUUCACGGUGGAGAAGUAUUGGUGAGAGAACUCCGAGGCGUCAACAUGGCUGCAGUGAACUACAUCCUCUUUGUCGGUAUUCUGAGCCACGGUGCCAUCAGCCCCAUUGUGCUGUCCAACUACACCGUUCAGCCGGUUAGAAUCGUCGGAAUCAUUGGAGCCAUGUGCAUCCUGAUUGCCGUGGCUAUUGGGCAGUUCAUGAGCUAUGAGUCACCCGUUUUCUUGAUACGCAAGAACCGGGAUGUAGAAGCAAUUCGAACGCUGAUGAAGCUACGUCUGGAAUCUACGGAGUCGUUUGAGGUACGCCUUGCGUUUGCGGAUAUCAAGGAUAUGCUCCAAGAGGACUCUUACACUUCACAUAAGAUACUGGAUGACGGAAACUGGUUCCCUUUGUUGUUGACCUGUAUAGGGAAAGUGGCUGCGGUGUUGUCGUUCAACGCGGCUGUGAACAACGUUCGACUGGCGGUAAUUGACCAGGUUUUCGGCCUCGCAGUGUACAGUCUAUCGGCGGUGUUCGUUGGAGUAUUCAGAGUCACUUUUGGAAUCGUGUUCCUGUUUACGGUGGACAAAUACGGUCGGAAACCGCAGCAGGCUUUGUCUACGUUCCUCAGCGGAACGGUUCUGUCUGCGAUAGGAAUAGUCUAUCUCAUAACGGAGCAUGUUUAUCGGAACGUCGUCAUAGCCGUGUUCCUGAUCUACGAUUUGCUAGCAUGCGCCGGAGUAACUCUGGUUCCCGACGUACACCUCUCGGAAGCGUUUCCAACUACGAAGAAGAGCUUAUCCAUUGCUACGGCGUUGACAGUUGAAAACGUGGCCCAAGUGGUGAUACUUUCCAUCGGGUUUUGGUGGGACUAUUCCGAUCCCGACAUCUACGGGCCCAUAUUGCUGGCCUGCGGACUUCCGAUGGUGAUGAUUAGCGUUUUCUUGUACCAGAUGCUGUCGGAAACUGCGAAACUGAGCCUUAGACAAUCCAGGGCAGCGUUCGCGCGGAAUGAUUCGGCGUUCAAAUUCGAUAGCAGAUCAGGUGGCGAUAACGUGAGUGAUCGUUCAAAUUGAUGCAGUUUGAACACUCUUUCUGUAGUAUGACAAAUAAAUCAACAAACGAGAAUUCCUUUACCUUGGUUAGAUAAGCCUUACAGAGCUGAAUCAACAUACGACAACUUCCCGGUACGGACCAAUUGUGCAAACAUGAACCACAACAAGCAAAAUUACUACCUGGCUUUCUGUUAUCCAUCGUCUACGUCUUCGUCGUCGUUUUAUCCGUCGGCCAUAUGUUUGCUCAAGAAAAGUGCUCUUGGCACUUUUACUAAGAACGAUGUCGAAUCGAUUUCUGCUUCUUCGUCCAACCAUUUGAAUAUGUAAUGAGCCCGGCCCGGCAAAUGUUUACUAUUUUGAUAGCGUAUGCACAUAAGCCGUAGACGGAAAGCAAAAUGAAGAGAAGUUUUCUUUAAGCGAGCGUUUAUCCCUUUACCUUUCGUCGUCAUCAUCGAUACAAAUUUAUGGAUGGACAUGGUUCUCGUAGCCAUAUACGGAAAAAUGGUGAAGCUAACACCUAAACCAAUAUUGACCCUUGCCGACACUCACGGACGGGAAUGCAAUAUUUGUCGACGGGAAAAAGAAUUCUAGCUAUUCUAAGUUGGCGAUGACGGAAGGACAGAGAUCGACCGACCUUCUUCCCAGUCAUGGCCAGCUUGGAUGAUCGAGUUUUGAGCUUCUGCAUCUAGUCACGUUCAAACGAUGGUAUUGCGAAGCCGACUACGAUUCAAAAAUUGAAAAUCUCCGAAUAUAGCAGUUCCUGUAGUCUGAUCACUCUUCGAUUUCGUUGAAGGUACUUACAUUAGGGUCAUUGUAGGGCCUCGCACGAAGAACGCUUGAGAAUGUUCCUCAUUGCGUAUCCACGCUACUAGAGCAUAACAAAACCAUCAUUAGUAUGUUGCGCUCGAUCCAAGAACUCCCUAAGCAGGAAAAAAGCGAUACUUGUACACCAACAUCGUAUAAACAUUAAUCAACGAGAAGCACUAUAUGUGAAUGAAUUGCUGAUGAACGAAGAGCCAUCGCACUCGCGACCAGCCGUCGCCGUUUAGUAUUCAUCGAAAGUCUCUUUCGGAGACUUCUUCACCGACUGGCAAGAAAACCCCCACUUGAUGUUUAGAAUCUCAUCGUGUAGAUUUAGAUUUACGCGCUGAAUCUAGGAGGAUCUUCUGCUGAGGAUGGGGUGGUAGCAGCAGCAACGAUUUGAAAACAAAUUGAAUUAUUAAUUAUGCAUACAAUCCGGGCUUUGCCUUGGAAGGAACAGUGCUCGGUUCGCUGAAUGAUGUUCAUUCAUGAAAUUCGAAAUAUUUAUGCACGUUGGGAUUAGCUUUUAUUUGGAUAACAUUCGGUAUUGGCUUGUGUACAUUUAUAGUUUAUUGCUUCUUUCGGCGCGGUACACAGUAUCCGGUUUGGGCGAAAUAAA